CAGGCAUUUCCCUCCUUUUCAAGCAUCAAGAUGUGGAGACUCCGCCAGGUUCUUCUGCUACUGCUGUCCUUCUCCUUGGCCCAAACAGGUCAGUAAAACCCACUAACUCACGAACCCAUUUCUACUACACUUUGGGGCCAAGCCAACCUCAUUCCUUCUGUUUCUGAUGCUUAGGGUGCUUUAAAGCCCUAAACGGCCUUGGUCCAGUAUACCUGAAGGAGCGUCUCCACCUCCAUCGUUCUGCCCAGACACUGAGGUCCAGUGCCGAGGGCCUUCUGGCGGUUCCCUCGCUGCGAGAAGCCAAGUUACAGGGAACCAGGCAGAGGGCCUUCUCGGUGGUGGCACCCGCCCUGUGGAACGCCCUCCCGCCAGAUGUCAAAGAGAAAAAUAACUACCAAACUUUUAGAAGACAUCUGAAGGCAGCCCUGUUUAGGGAAGCUUUUAAUGUUUAAUAGGUUAUUGUAUUUUAGUUUUGUUGAAAGCCGCCCAGAGUGGCUGGGGGGACCCAGCCAGAUGGGCGGAGUAUACAUAAAUUAUUAUUAUUAUUAUUAUUAUUAUUAUUAUUAUUAUUAGGGUGUGAGUGCCAUUUGUAUGCCUAGAUCAAUGGCAGGGCACCCGCUUUGUAUUGCACAACGGCUAAAGGUUCCAUCCCCAAAAUUCGGAUCUCCAGGUUGGGACAGUGAACUGUUCUCCUGCCCUGCGGCUUUUAUUUGGCAGAUAUAAAAACAUACUAAAACAUCAAACAUUAAAAGCUUCCCAAUCCAGGGCCACCUUCACAUGUCUUCCAAAACUGACAUACAGUGGUACCUCUGGUUAAAUACGCUUCAGGUUACAGACGCUUCAGGUUACAGACUCUGCUAACCCAGAAAUAGUACCUCGGGUUAAGAACUUUGCUUCAGGAUGUGAACAGAAAUCACACAGCGGCAGCAGGAAGCCCCAUUAGCUAAAGUGGUGCUUCAAGUUAAGAACAGUUUCAGCUUAAGAACGGACCUCCGGAACGAAUUAAGUACUUAAUCCGAGGUACCACUGUAGCCCCUAUCUCCCCUCUUACAUCAACACAUACACAACAUGUAGGCUAAUAGUUAGUAGAGAAUAUAUAAUAGAAUAAUGAUAUCAUUCAUAUUGUAGGAAUAAGCCAAAUUGUAGGAUUAACCCGAGGUACCACUGUAGUUCUUUAUCUCCUUGAUAUCUGAUGGGAGGGUGUUCCACAGGGCGGGCGCCAACCACCAAGAAGGCCCUCGGCCUGGUUCCCUGUGACUUUGCUUCUCGCAACAAGGGAAACUGCCAGAAGACCCUCAGAGCUGGACCUCAGGAGAUGGGGUGGUGACUCUCCUUCAGAUAUAGAGGGCCAAGGCAGCUCCAGAAUUUUGAAUUGUGCUCAAAAACAACAGUGCUCUAGAAUUUGUAAGCAGCAGGAGUUGCAGUUUAUCUCUGCGUUUCCUUCUUGCAGAUCCACUGCAGAGGCAGAAUCCUUGCCCGAAUGGAGCCAUUCCUCACUCCAGACGCUACAUGGCUGCCUUGCUGGAUUACCAGAACAAUCGCAUCUGUGGCGGAUUCCUGGUGGGACAACAGUGGGUCAUGACUUCUGCACGCUGCAGAAAGUAAGUAUCCCUAAGGCCUUCCUCUUUUUGUAGGAGUGGUGAUCAUCCAGGGUAAAGCUAAUUGCUGGAAGGGAGCAGGGCAGGGCAGGAACGUGCCAUUGCUCCGUCUAGUCAAGUUGCAUGGGGUGAAUUUCAACCUGUUACCUCUGAGGAUGUGGACAGGCUGCCUGGAGUGAAAUCAACCCCCUAUCUCCUUGAUCCUUGCCCAUCCUGGCUCAUAAAAGCGGUCCAGAGAGGGCUGGGCAAUGGGCUCCGCGGGGUGGUGAAUGCCUCCCUUUGUGAGAGAGCCUUCCCAGACCCGCUGAAGGAAACUGCUUCCUAAAAAAACCAUCUUUGGACCUGGUCGCUAUGGCCAUCUCUCGCCCCAUCUCAACUCUUCCAUUCUUGGGGAGUGGAUAUUCGAUGAGCAACUCCAGGCACACCUGGAAAAUGCGGACCAUUUGGACCCCUCCCUGCUGGGCUUCUGGGCCCAUCGUGGGACUGAAACUGGCUUGGCCAUGCUGGUCCAUGAUCUCUAGGGACAGAGGGGAAAUCUGCUUCCUGGUCCUGCUGAAUGUAUCUUUUGAUACUAUCAACCAUGACAUCCUCCUGGACCAUCUAGGAGGGCUGGGAGUUGUGGGCAGUUAUACAGUGGUUCCUCUCCUUCUUCCUGGGCCGAGUCCAGAAAGUGGUGUUCAGAGAUGAGUGUUUGGAUCCCUGGGCCCUCACUUGUGGGGUACCACAGGGCUCUGCCCUGUCUCCCAGGCUUCUGCUUCUUCUUCAUCCCCAUCAUUCAGCCCAGACACUGAGAUACAACUCUGAGGGUCUACUGGAGGCUUCCUCACCGAGAGAAGUAAAGUUACAGGGAAUCAGGCAGAGGGUCUUCUCGGUAGGGGUGCCCUCCCUGUGGAACGCCCUCCCAUAAGAUGUCAAAGAAACCAAGAAUAUUAUGACCUUCUGUAAACAUCUGAAGGCAGCCCUGUGUAGGGAAGCUUUGAAUGUCUGAUGUUCUUCUAUAUUCUGUUGGAAGUCUCCCAGAGUGCCUGGGGCAACCCAUUCUGAUAGGCGGUGUACUACUAUUACUACUAUAAAUAAUAAUUUGUUAUUAAGGGCCAUGGGGUGGGGGAUGGUCUCUUGCACAGGGACUGGGAGAACAUUGAUUCUUGGGAUCUCUGACCCUGACUGUUGCUUCGUUUCCAGUGUUGAUAUGGUUGUCCUGGGAGCACAUGACCUCAAACAUGACGGAGAAACUUACAGAGUGGACAAAAACUACCCACACAAAGAUUAUACGUUUAAGAACAACACCUUUUCAAAUGAUAUCCAUCUGCUCAAGGUACCACACCCCAAGCCUUUUUCUCACUCUGCAAGCACCCCCGAGGGCCCCGAUCCUGAAGGCAGAAGGAGCUAAAUGUCUCCUUCCAUCCCCAUGUGUGAAAUAUAAUGGAAUCGUUCAGCUGAAUCCAGCUCUUUGAUCAUUAGUAUGAUCGGAUUAUUAUCACUAUUUAUUGUUGUUGUUGUUGUUUAGUCGUUUAGUCGUGUCCGACUCUUCAUGACCCCCUGGACCAGAGCACGCCAGGCCCUCCUGUCUUCCACUGCCUCCCGCAGUUUGGACAAACUCAUGCUGGUAGCUUCGAGAACACUGUCCCACCAUCUCGUCCUCUGUCUCCCCUUCUCCUUGCGUCCUCCAUCUUUCCCAACAUCAGGGUCUUAUCCAGGGAGUCUUCUCUUCUCCUGAGGUGGCCAAAGUCUUGGAGCCUCAGCUUCAGGAUCUGUCCUUCCAGUGAGCACUCAGGGCUGGUUUCCUUCAGAAUGGAGAGGUUUGAUCUUCUUGCAGUCCAUGGGACUCUCACUAUUUAUUAGAGUUCAUUAUAGUGGUACCUCGGGUUAAGUACUUAAUUCGUUCCGGAGGUCCGUUCUUAACCUGAAACUGUUCUUAACCUGAAGCACCACUUUAGCUAAUGGAGCCUCCUGCUGCCAAUGCGCUGCUGGAGCACGAUUUCUGUUCUCAUCCUGAAGCAAAGUUCUUAACCUGAAGCAAUAUUUCUGAGUUAGCGGAGUCUGUAACCUGAAGCGUAUGUAACCUGAAGCCUAUGUAACCUGAGGUACCACUGUAUUAUGAACGCAGUUCUGCAUUCAUAAAGGAACAGGUUUCAAGGGCUUCCUAUUGCAACGCAAAGGCGCUCAUUUCUGCCUCAUCUCCCUCUCCUUUUCCCAGCUGCAGUCAAAGGUUCAUCUGAAUGAAAACAUUAGCAUCCUGCCAUUGCCAACAUCUAGCAGAGACCUCUCUGAGCGGACACACUGCACUGUGGCCGGCUGGAGCCCGAAUCAGGAAGAUUGCCCAUAUAUGCUCUAUGAGGCCAAUGCCAGCAUCUAUGACCGACGCAAGUGCCAGAAGUUCUAUCCCAAGAUCGACCGUGGAAAGAUCUGUGCAGGCCGUCAGACUCAGUCAUUUAGGCAGGUAAGCAUCAGCAGAAACGGCAGGCGGCAGGACCAGAAGCAGGGGAGAAGGAGGAGCACCGUCCUGCGGACAGGAUCCGCAGCAUGGAAAAGGGAGAAUGGGAAGCGGCGGUGGGAACCGGUGGAGGAAAAUACGUAGAAUGUGUAUGUAUGUAUGUAUGCAUGGAAACUUCAUAAUAAAUAGAAACCUAGGAAAUUAGCUUUCCCUUCCCUCACCCCGGAAGAUGCAUAGGAACAGCUAAGUAAUGCCUACUCUGGCAAACAGCAGCAGACAUUUUUAGCCCUACCUGGGGAUGCCAUUGGGACAUUCUGCAUGCCAGGCAAGUGCUCUAUCAGUGAGCUCUGGUUUUAACCAAAUGAAGAUUCCAGUCCUCAUGGGUUUGAAUGAUUAGCUCAGCAUUGUCACGGUUUCGGACGGGGUUGUCUCCCACUCAGCCACAGCUGCAGAUGCUGCCACAGCUGGAGCCAAGCGAGGAAAGGGGAUAACCCUCUUCUCCAGCAACAUGGACGUGGGCAGAGGCCCGUCACUGGGCAGAUGGGGAUUGCUGCUCUUCAUUUCGGUGCCUCAGGGCUGAGCCUCCAAGAACUGAAUGCCCCCCUGUCACAGAUGGUGGAAUCAUAGAAAUGUAGAGAUUGAAGGGACCCCCAAGGGUGGGGAGGUCCGCUCCCCCGCCAUACAGGAAUCUCAGGAAACAUGUGCAUGCCAAUCCCCAGCCACACAGCUCCCCAAGUGACCCUGGGGCCUAGUAACUAGCUCCCAGCCUGGCCUACCUCACAGGGUUGUUUUCUGGAUGACAGGGAGAGGAAGGGAAGCCAUAUUUGAGCUCCUUACAGGAGAAGGAAGUCUGUCAAUACAAUAUGUAUUUGUGUGUGGACUCAGAGAAAACUAUGAAGCGAUGUACAAAAGUGGGGAGCCGAGAUUAAAUAUCAGGAAAAUUCAAAACAAGAGAGAAACAGGAAUUGGCAGGUUUGCCUAUCUUGUUGCAAUUCAAGUCCUCCUUGAGGUGGAGCCAAAUCUUCCCCCACCUGCCAUCUUUGCUUCCUUCCUUCCACAGGGGGAGAUGGGUGAUCCUUUGGUGUGCAACGGCGUAGCGCAUGGAAUCCUCUCCUACAGCAACCCCUGCCCUCCUGCCGUUUACACUCGCAUCGCCCAGUACCUUCCUUGGAUCAAGAAAACCAUGGCCAAGUGAAGAGAAGAAGGAAGACCUCCUUCUUCUUCUCACCUUUAAUGCUUCUGCUUGCUACAUAAGCCGUUUGGCUUGAAUCCUGCAACCACACACACACUGACCCCCCUCAACAGCUGCAAAAGUAUCAGGUGUUCCGUACACGAUUUGGUUUCCACAAGUUCCUUCAGUCCCUCCCCAUCCCCUUCAAGAAAACCGCUCGCCUCCUUUCCCUGACCGUGUUCCCCAUCAUACCUCUUCCCCCGACCUUCACUGCUCCAUCUCUCUCAUCUGAAAAAGGUGUCCUUCUUCUCCUUUAGAACUGUUCUGUCCCUUCUCUCUCCCUGUCCCCAUACGGCUGGAACAAUCUCUCAGAGCGCCAUACGCGUCUGACACCCUGAAGCGCCUCCUCCUACCCUACCUGGUUUCUCCUAAGGCAGGGAAAAGGGACCUCUGGCCUUCUCAAUGCUGCUGAAAUGCAACUCCCGUUAUCCCUGGCCAUUGGCCAUGUUUGCUGCAGUUGAUGGGAGUCCAGCAACCUUUGGAGGACCAAAGGUUCUCCACCGUUGUCCAAAUGUCUGGACUGACCAAAGCUCCACAGAUCUCCUCCUUGUCCUCUGGGUGAGGGGAGGCGGACCUGUCACCUUCCAGAUGUUGUUGAACUCCAACUCCCAUCAGCCCCAGACAACAGGGCCAAUACGGGGAGAUUGGAGUUGACAUCCAUCAACAUCUGGAUGGCCAAAAUAUUAACCACAUCUCCCUUUAGAUGAUUCCACCUUCCUCCAUCCUCCCUCUUCAGCCUGGUAUAGAUUUGGACGCUGCCUUCUGGGAUACCACAGGGCCAGGACUGUGGGAAUUUCUCACCCUGUUCCAGAUGAGAUAUUUCAUUUCAGCCCUAGGGGACUUGCUCUGUGCAUUUCCUCGAUGUCCAAAUCACUGGUCUGAGCUCUAGGAUUCCUAGGCAAUCAUACAAAAGACCUUGGCACCAAAAGUUGAAAGUUACCAGUUUACCAUUUCACAUGCCAAACUCCUCCAGGCUAAUGGUUGUGGUGAUGUUGUGGGACAGAGGGGAAAUUAAAUUCAGCUCAAAGGUAAGAUUGAACCUUCCUCAUUCAUACUUUCUGGAAUAAGAUGCCAAACACAGCCAUCCUUUCAAAUUCGCCCUCCUCUGAAUUUUGCAGUUUGGCUCUCCAGGAAAGUUUAGUGCACAAAAAUGCAGAUACUGGAAUGAGGUGUGUCCGUCAGUGUGCGUAGCAGUGAAAGGAGCCUGCCCCAAAUGCCUUAUUUUGGGGGAAUCGCUUUGCAAAAGAUGCGCCAGUUUGGCAAACUUGCAUGCAACUCUGUAUCUCAAGAUUAAUUCACAAUAAACUGCUAAUGCAUCCACACAAA